GUAAAUACACUCUGAAAGGCUUCCUGUUUCAUCUUUUAAUUUCUAAACAUGGCUGCCAUGAAGAAAGUAAUUGUUGCUGCUGUUGUUGCUGCUCUUGCAGCUUUCAUUGGACACCGAUUUCUUCAACUAAAGGAAAUGGCCCUCGCGUCCAGAGAUGUUCCUGUGAAACCCCUCAACUGUCAUUAUUUAAAGAAUAUUGAAUAUGGGGCAGAGGAUAUCACAAUACUAAGAGAUGGACUGGCCUUUCUAAGCACAGGGUUGAACUAUCCUGGAAUGCCUUCAUUCUCCGAUGACCCAGGGAAAAUGUACGUUUUGGAUCUGCUGCACCCGAAGCCAACUCCAGUGGAGUUGCAAAUCAAAGGAGAGCUCGACCUCAGCUCUUUCAACCCACAUGGCAUAAGUGUAUACAUCGAUGAAGCAGAUGACUCUGUGUACCUGUUUGUUGUCAAUCACCCGCACCACAAAAGCCAAGUGGAGAUCUUUCAUUUUGUUGAGGAGAACACACUUGUGCACCUAAAAACUAUUACCCACCCCCUACUCCACAGCGUCAAUGACAUUGUUGCAGUCGGAGUAGAGAGCUUCUACGCCACAAAUGAUCACUCCUUUCCCAAUGAAGCGCUCCACUUUCUGACUGUCCUCCUGGGUCUGCCCUGGUGUGAUGUGGUGUACUACAGUCCAAAGGAAGCAAGGGUGGCAGCGGAUGGCUUUAUGUCUGCAAAUGGCAUCAACAUAUCGCCUGACAAACGUUAUAUUUAUAUUUCAGACAUCCUUGACCAUGCGAUCGACGUUUAUGAGAGACACGAAGGGGAACAAUUAGUGCAUCUUAAGUCUGUAGCUGUUGGCUCACUCUGUGAUAACAUUGAGGUGGACCACAGGACAGGUGACAUAUGGCUUGGUUGUCAUCCAAAUGGCAUGAAGUUGUCAACGUAUGACCCUGAAGAUCCACCCGGCUCUGAGGUCAUCCGGAUCAAGAACAUUCAUUCAGAGCAGCCGGUGGUGAGCCAGGAGUACGCUGAUAACGGCCAUGUGCUCAUAGCCUCCACUGUAGCAGCUCCCUAUGAGGGAAAGUUGCUAAUUGGCACUGUUUUCCACAAAGCCCUGUGUUGUGAUUUGAAAUAAUCGGUGUAUUUUGUAUCUAGGUUUACUAACAAUAGAAAAGUUGUAAGAAAAGAUUUGGAUAGAUAAAAAUAAAAAUAAUCUUUAUUCACCGUUUGCAAAAA